AUGCUGGCCUCUUUGCUUCGUCCAAAAGGACGGCGGGAUCACAUCGACCAGACGCCUUUCUCCUCCCCUUUUACACCAAGUGAAACCUCCCCGUGGUUUCGAGCGGCCGCGCGACGCGCUCCGCCGCGCGCUCGCGAUGCCGACCAUAGUAGUGAAGACGACGCGCCAGAGCUCGAGGAGAUCGAUGAGGAAAUGGCCGAAAACUGGGCUGGGGAAGAGGAUGGGGAAGACAAUAGGCCAGUCGAGUCAACGCCUCUCUUGCCCAUGUUCUCUUCCUCGGAUUUGGAUGCCCUGCCUGUGUACGAUAUUACCCAUGCUAUCCGUCCCUUGAUCGCCUCUCGGUGCGAAACAACCUUGACCUGGGACCAACUGCGUUCGCCUCAAGUGUCUCAGUUCCUCGUCAAGCCGAUCCAGCAGAAAAUCAUGUCGGCACACUUCUCACGAGCCACCCUCUACGCUUUAAUGGCCAAUUGUCUCCAGUUCGAAAAGGAAAUACAACUUAGCCCUGGCAACAGCGGUGCUAGUCAGACUAGGGCGAUGGUAAGCGAGCUGCUUGCUAUCAAGUUAUUGCGGGAAUACACAACCAGAGAAUUGAUUGACGCAUUGUCUUACGAGUUCUACCCUCUUCAAGGCCAGGAUCCCGGCGCUGCAUGGUCGUCUACGCCACAGGGAAAGCGGUUGGCAGGCUCAGCCCGUGUGUCAUGUCUGGAGGUGGCCAUUCGUGCCCAGGCCAAGCGAUUCUUGGCCCACCCGGUCGUGGUGCAGCAAUUAGAGGCCAUUUGGGCCGGCACGAUUGUCUUUCAUUCCGCGGCCGAUCACCUCCAUCGCCAGGCGAACAGAGCUACUGGUGGCGAUCGAGACUACGGGGCGUCGUUGGACCAGCGUGGAAACCAGGUGCCCGUCCCUCGCAAUGCAUCAUACAGGCGGUCCGUGACUUUGUACAAUCCUCGCGAUGCGUCACUAUUCAAGCUCUCGCGAUUACGGGUCCCGCGCUAUCGCCAGUUUCUCUCGACAUUGUCGUUCGCAGUGCUACUUGGACUGUUUUUGGCGGUUCUUACUGAAAGGAGUCGGUCAAUCACUUCCCUCGAGAUUUUGUUCUGGUUCUGGAGCGCCGGUUUCAUGCUGGACGAGAUCGUUGGAUUCAACGAGCAGGGCUUUAGCCUUUACCUCAUGAGCUUUUGGAAUCUUUUUGACCUGGGUAUUCUGUUGCUACUCUUUUGUUACUACUGCCUUCGGAUCUAUGGGGCCUUUUUGACAUACCCGCGAAAUCGUGAUUUGGCCGACCAAGCAUACGACAUCCUGGCAGCCAAUGCAGUACUGCUUUUUCCGCGUCUCUUUUCGAUUCUUGACCACUAUCGCUAUUUCUCGCAGCUGCUAAUUGCGUUUCGUAUCAUGGCCGCGGAUCUGAUUGCGGUUUUAGUGCUUAUUGGGAUCACAUGCAGCGGCUUCUUCGUGGCUUUCUUGUCCUUUGGAAACGAUAACUCACCGAGAACAGUGGCCUACGGUUUGUUUCAAAUGCUCAUGGGCUUUACGCCCACUGCUUGGGCGAUGUGGGAAGAUUACAACUUCGUGGGAAGGGCCAUUUUGACGGUCUUCCUCUUUAUUUGCCAUUUCGUGGUGGUGACCAUAUUGAUCACUGUCCUCACCAACUCCUUCAUGAGGAUCGUUCAAAAUGCGAAUCAGGAGCAUCAAUUCUUAUUUGCCGUCAACACGAUCUCGAUGGUCAAAUCUGAUGCCUUGUUUUCCUACGUGGCUCCGGCAAACACUAUCGCUUGGCUUGUGACACCUUUGCGAUCUGCUAUGCCGUUCCGCCAAUUUAUCAAACUCAACCGAACGAUCAUUAAAAUCACACAUCUACCGAUUCUUUUCACUAUCUGCCUCUACGAGAGGGCGAUCCUCAGUCGCCAAGUAAUUGAGCCGUUGGAUCUGGUCGAAAUCACAUCUCGGGAGGAAGCAUCAGCCCGCCCAGAAAAUCGGCAACCCAAUCGAUUCCAUGGUUUUAGCUCAAGACCGCACCGCUUGGUGCGAGAGCCAUCUGUUGCGACAUACCAGAAAGAUCAGGCGCUAGAGGAAGUAUUCCGAAGGCCGUUUGGAGCGGAAGGAGAGCGUGAGCGGCGACCAAGCAGUAUUCUGAAGCGCCAGACAAACAACGUGAUCAAGGACUGGAUGCAGGAAAUUGCGUCUGGCCCUGGUCUCACUCCCGAUGAACAAGACUCGGCUGUCCUUGAAAUGCCUCCGCGUCGACCUCGGCUGCCCUUCCGGAAGACCUUGACUACGCGUGGUCGAGACUUCACUGAGACUACUCGUUCAGUGGCAUCGAAUCCGGAAGAUCGAGUUAGUCGUAUUGUCAGUCCUCCGUUCCGACCUCGCCGCGAAUCAGUCUCUCAGACUCGCACCCGGCAACUCUCACAGCACACGGAUAUGGAGGGAGAUGAUGAGCUAACUAGUGACGACGGGGACUCGCAUGGCAAAUUGUCGGACAAGGGAUCUAUCGAUGACGACAAGCACAUGAAGAGCGCCGAUAAGACGACCCCCAAAUUCUACAGCUCUCGACCAUCCACUGCGCGAGUGUCGCGCCGCGGGAGCCCGACGCGUCGGCCUAAGCACGCUCGAAAUGUAUCUGGCAUUACCAUGCUUUACAAUCCCCUCGGGUCGCCGAAUGAAGAGACUGAGGGUCGUACCACCCCUCCACGUACGCAUGACGACUCUUCCGAUGACGGAAACCCCGCCCUCGUAUCUGCUUCGCUUGACCAAGGCACGAUGAGGAAGCAUACACUGAAGACAAUUCUGGCGCGGAAUAUGUCUGGCGGCUUGAACCCAAUGUCCGUCCCAGAGCUCGACUACCUCUCUGACCGUCCUUCUGCACGGCGUCAGCGGUCUUUGCUUUUUGAUCUAGGAUCUGAUUUAGGGGAUAACAGGGCUGUGGCUGGCGGUUUUGCGGGUGCCAUCCCGGGCAGCUUUAAUACCCAGAUCGCACUCGCCGCUGGGGGUACCCGCCGGGAUGUGCCCAAUCAAGACAUGCUGAGCAAAUUAGUACUGGCUCGCAUGAACAACAUUGAAGAAGGCUUCCGUGAAGUGAUCAAAGAAGUCAAAGACCUCGCGCGCGGUGGGUCUAGUCGCAGUCGCAGUCGCAGCCGGUCCGACCUGCUUCGAGCGGCCGCACGCGACAAAGAAAAGAAGAAGAGGAGUGAGAAGAAGGAUCCUAAGAAGCGUAGGCCGAACUUUGAGGAGAACCAGGAUGCGCGCGGCGGGGACCCGGAAGCGUAA